AUGGGGGCCACAUGCGCCCUGAGCCGUUCUGCAUUGUCCGAUGAAAGUGUGCGGCGAGUGGAGGCGUUUGUGCAGAGGUCUAUGGAACCCACCACUGUGCACAUGCCUUUGAUUUACAGUAAUUAUCUCAAGCUGCUCUCCCACGACGCCGUUCAGAAAGACGAUCUGGUGUUGGAGAUCUACCGCUCACACAAGAAGUCUCCGCUGUGGCACCCUUCGUCCAAUGUCACGUGUCUGCGCUCAGUCAUCAAGUCAUGUGCUCGUCUGUGCAGGACAAAUAAGAAGUACGCGGUCAUAGCCAUCAAAGAUGUCUACCCAGCCCUCAAGAACUCACCUGGUCACUUGGGACUGGACUAUAGCAGUGUGGAUGCGCUAACGGCGUAUUAUGCCAUCAU